UCCGGCGACUUCGUGGCGGACAUUUUAUUGCUGCGGGGCCGUGGAGGUGGUGAGAAGCUCCGGUGUCCAGUGCUGGGAGCGAGGUGACGGGCCGAGGAGGCGCCGGAGGAGGCCUUGUGCGCGCUGCCCAGGGGCGGGCCUGAGGGGCGGGGACACCGCCGCCUGCGGGGAGUCUCGGUGCCGAGUCCCACCCGGUCGCUGGGCUGUGGCCGCUCUGCUCCGCCCAGAGGCUCCGAUGGCGGCGGCCGCGCUGAGGGACCCGGCCGAGCAGGGCAGUGUGACCUUUGAGGAUGUGGCCGUGUACUUCUCCUGGGAGGAAUGGUGUCUUCUUGAUGAGGUCCAGAUACACCUGUACCUUGAUGUCAUGCUGGAGAACUUGGCACUUGUGUCCAUGCUGGGUCCUUGGCGUGAAGUUGAGAAUGAAGGGACACACCCUGAACAGAACGUAUCUGGAGAAGGAGUGUUGCACAUGAGGACCCCCAGGGCAGGUUUGUCUCCUGAGAAGGCCCAGCCUUGUAAGAUGUAUGUUCCAGGCUUGAGAGACACUUUUUACUUGGGUGAACAGCAAGGAGCACAUAAGGAGCAGAAAGAAUACACAUGUGGGCCAUGUGGGAAACAGUUGUAUUUCACUGCAAACCUUCAGCAGUACCAGAACCAGCACAUUAGAGAGAAACCCUUCCUAUUCGAUGUCGAGAAGCCCUCAUUUUUGAAGGGCUGCACGGUCCAUGCAUCAGGAAAUCUCUCUUCCUACACGGAGAUAGGGAACGACUUUGUGGCCAACAUGGGACUUCAGCAACAAGCCACUGUUACCAGAUAUAAACCAGACAGCAGUGUGGAGUAUGAAGCUGUUUUCCACAGUGGAAAAAUUUGUUAUAGCUGGGGAGAAGGCAAGGAAGCCUUGAGCCACACAGACAUAUUUGUUCAGGAUGAGAGAGUUUUCACCGGUCAAGGGUUUUGUGAGUGCAGCAAAUUUGGGAAAGUCUGCACUCAAAAUUGUAACCUUAUUCAGCAUGAGAAAGUUCACACUGGUGAAAGGCCUUAUGAAUGCAGCCAGUAUGGAAAAUUUUUUACCCACAAUUCCAGUUUCCUCACACAUCAGAGGGUUCACAGUGGAAAAAGGAUUUAUCAGUGCAAUGAAUGCGGUAAAUCUUUUACUACUAGGUCUGGCCUGUAUUAUCAUCAGAGAGGUCACACUGGAGAAAGGCCUUAUGUGUGCAGUGAAUGUGGGAAGUCUUUUGCUGCUAGGUCCAUCCUUUGUAAUCAUCUGAGAGUUCACAGUGGAGAAAGGCCUUUUGAGUGCAUUGAGUGUGGGAAAUUCUUUACCCGAAAUGAACACCUCAAUGCCCAUAAGAAAGUUCACACUGGAGAAAAGCCUUACGAGUGUAGUAAAUGUGGGAAAUGUUUUACAACUAAGUCCAUUCUUUGUAAUCAUCAGAGAGUUCACACUGGAGAACGGCCUUAUGUGUGCAGUGAAUGUGGGAAGUCUUUUCGUGCUAGGUGGAGCCUUCGUAAUCAUCAGAGAGUUCAUACUGGGGAGAUGCCUUAUGAGUGCCGUGAAUGUGGGAAGUUUUUUGCUGCUAGAACUGGCCUCCGGUAUCAUCAGAAAGUUCACAUGGGAGAAAGGCCUUAUCAGUGCAGUGAAUGUGGGAAGUGCUUUACUGUUAGAUACGAUCUCUAUCUUCACCAGAGAGUCCACACUGGCGAAAGGCCUUACGAGUGCAGUGAGUGUGGGAAGUGUUUUACUGGUAAGUCAAGUCUUCGUCGUCAUCAUCAGAGUGUCCACAGCGGAGAGAAGCCUUAUGAGUGCAGUGAGUGUGGGAAAUGUUUUGCUAGGAGAUCUUUUCUCUACGUCCAUCAGAGAGUUCACACUGGUGAAAGGCCUUAUUCAUGCAGUGAUUGUGGGAAAUGUUUUACUCACCGAUCGAGCCUUCGUCGUCAUCAUCAGAGAGUUCACAGUGGAGAAAGGCAUUUUGAAUGCCGUAAGUGUGGCAAAUUCUUUAGCGGAUGGCAGCUCCUCCGUGACCACAGGAAAAUCCACACUGGAGAGAAGCCUUAUGAGUGCAAGGAGUGUGAUAAACCUUACCCAAAGGUGCCGCUUGAUCCCACAUCAGAGAUUUCAGUGGAGAAAGGGCCUUAUGAAUAUAGCGAAUGUGGAUGGCAUUGAUGUUGGAGGAAUUUGAGGUGGUCAUGGUGUGGAGAGAACCCGUGCAGUCACUGUGCAGUAAAUUGACCCUUUCUAGGAGGAGACCGAGGCACAGAGAGGAUGUGUUCUCUAUUUAUGAUCUGCCAGCAGUGGACAGGGAUCUGGGAUUCCAUGCCAGUUGGCCAGGUUCGGGGCAUGGAGAGUCUGGGCACUGCCGUUUUCUUCUCCCUUCUCUCAGCUCUGGGGACUCACAGCAUACCUUAGCUGUCCUGACCCUCUGCCCCCCCCCCAGCCAAGAGAUGUGCUCACCCCCUAACCUCAUGGCGAUGGACGUGACUGUCUUUUCCCUGGGAACCACCUCGAUGGCAUAUUCCUGUGAAGGACUCCAUGUGUUUACCCAGCUUACCUGCUGCGUAAACUCUCUUACUGCUCACUGUUGGUACAGGAGGGGUGCGCUGCUUAAAGUGGUUCAGGGAUUUCCAGGACAUACCUUUGAUGAGAGUGGUUCCUCUCUCUCGCACAGGUCCACUGGCUUCUCUUCUCCCCUCUCAGAUGGUGUUCCGACAGUAAACGCACAUCUUCACCACGGCCUCUAGGUCCCCCUACCCCAGUGCACAUCCCCUUCUUGCAAACCCCCUCCCUGUUGACAAGUUCUUCAAGGGGAUACCUGCUUUCAGCUAGACUCCCCAGGUACAGUCAUUGGUGUCGCAGCAGAUGUGACACGGCCUCCAUUGCCAUAUGCAGGGAAUGGUUGUCAAGGUCUUGCCCAUCUUCAUAAACCCACAUCAGGAUGUCUGUUGCCCGGUGAUGCAUGCAGUUGACUCACAGUCUGGGCCCUCGGAGGGAUUGUGAAGGUCCAAGGAAGUCCACUGUGGCCCUCACAUGCCCGGGUCUCCAAGGCUCUUCCUCCUGUACCCAUUUUCCCACUGCUUCUGUCCCACCAGAAAAAUGUAACUCAUCGAAUAAUGGUUGUUAAUCAACAAGAACUUGCACUUCCUACUUCAGGACCCACAUGUGACCAACCUUGGCUUAAAAGCUAAGAAUGAAAGCAGGCUGACCCCUCCCAUGAAGACUUAAAACCUUACUAUAAAAUCAUUACAGUUUUAAUUGCAUUUCUCCUAGGAUUUUUGACGUUGAGCUUUUUUUUUUUUUUCCCCAUGUGUCUCAUA